CUGCAGCAGGGUAGUCCGCGCCGCCGUGCUGCCUAGUUUCCUGCAGCUCGGAGGGAUGCUGUUGUCAGAAAUGGAGAGACCAAGAGAGCCAUGUGUGCGACGGGAAAGUGCAAGUUCUUUGUGGCUCAAGUGAAGAAAACUGGUGGAAUGAACAAUCUUUACAGUGUGAUAAUUAUCUCUUGUAGAGUGUAAAAAAACAAAAAACAAAAAACAAAAACAUACAUUUUUGAGCAAUUGUCAGGCUCUUCCAUAUUCUCCAUCCUUGCCUCCCCCUUUCCUUGUUCCUGGACCUUCUCUUCAAUAGCUAACUUGCCACCCCCCAAGCUACAUUCCAUUAGCCAAGAACUAGUUUGAGGUGGGUGGUUCUGUGAAUUGUGGAUAUUAAUUUGAACUCCUGUACAAUUAAUUAAUAUUUUGUUGAAAACAAUGGCAGAUCCAAUGAUGGAUAUUUUAGAUUUCAAUCUUGACUCCCUUUCUGAGGACAACAUUUUUCAAACCAGCAAUGACCCAAUUGAAGAUGCCUUGCAGAUGACAUUUGGUCAGGUGAUGACACCUUCCACUUCCCUGUCAACUGAGCAAGUAAACAUAGUAUCAUCCCCCCAACUGACCACCUCACAAGUACAGAUCCUGUCUGGUCAAGAUCAGCUUGAUGACCAGAAGAAAUCCCAACCGACCAUUCUGCAGACAACUUGCCCUUCAACUGGUGUUGCUGCUGUCAAUGUAAAGGACCAACCUCCUGUGUUAAUAGGAUCACCUGUUGCAGGGCCUGCUGUGACUUCAUCUGUGCCCACUGUGGUCGGGAUGCCGGGCACCAUCACCACAUUGCCAGCUACUUCUAACCAGACAACUCCAAAAUUUUUCAUCCUUAAAACUCCAACAAGUUCCUCAAUAGCAACUUCUCAGCAACCUGUGCAGUUGGCUACCACUAGCAGCAAUGGGGGCAAAGUAACUUUUGCAAAAGUUUUGACUGGAACUCCGCUGCGCCCUGGAAUGUCCAUUGUUUCUGGUGGGACAGUUUUAACAACCACCACAGCAGGAGGAGCUAAAACAGGUGUUGCAGUGGCCAGUUCUGGGGGGACUGGAGUACAAAGAGUGGUUCAGACUUCAAAUGGACCUCUGAAGCAGGUGCUGUUACAAGCCAUACCUGCACAGCAACAAGUCACACAACAACCACAAGGACAAGCACAGGGCACAUCUGGAGGUAUCAAGGCACCUGGUGUGACACUUACUUCAGUUCCACAACAGGGUGAGUCUAAACGAAUUACACUCCUUCUACAGCAGCCUUCUCAAGGGGGCACAGUGGCCUCUGCCAGUGGUGGACAUCGCCUUAUUUUGGGUAACUUGCCAGGAAAAAUUGUUCUACAGGGCAACCAGCUAGCAGCACUCACGCAAGCCAAGAACAAUGCACAGGUGGCAGGGGGGCAGCCUAAAGUUGUUACUCUGCAAUUGCAAGUACAACAGCAGACAUCCAAUUCUCAACCUACCAAGCUUCAACUGGUCUCGCAGUCUCCUUCUUCAGGCCAGCCCCAGGUGCUGCAGCUUGGCCAGAGUCAAGUGCAAGGGCAGAGGCUUGCUGUGCCACUGAAACUAUUGCUGCAACCUCAGGCUGGCUCAUCCCAGGGCUCUGUGUCAGUUGUGAAAGUAGUGAAUCCAUCUGAAGCAGUGAAUGUGUCAACCACCUCAGGAAGUCAGGUACUCACUUCUAGUCAAGCCAAGGGUGCUGAGAGCCGACGGUUAGAGCAUCAACGCAAGCAGGAAAAAGCAAACCGCAUUGUAGCAGAAGCAAUUGCCCGGGCCAAGGCACGUGGGGAGCAGAAUAUCCCACGUGUAUUGAACCAGGAUGAGCUACCUUGUGUUACAGCAGGAGGUGCACUAGGGUCCCUUGGAGAUGAAUGUGGGGGUUCUGCUUCAAAAAAGAAGAUCAGUAAAAAGAAGAUUGAUAAAGAAGAGAGUAAACUGGGUAUCAAGAAGGCCAAAGCCCCAUGUGGAGCAGCCAAAUCAAAAGGAAAAGCUAAGGCAAAUACAAUCACUCCUGUAGCCUCAAAAAAGAGGAAGAGAAAUGGCUCCUCUGAUAACACUGAUGAAGAACUGACACCUCCACCAUCACCCCGUGGAGAGGAUGAUGAAAGCAAUUUUCAGAAGCGUCGUUCUAACCGACAAGUGAAGAGAAAAAAAUAUACUGAAGAUCUUGACAUCAAAAUUACAGAUGAUGAGGAGGAAGAAGAUGUGGAUGUUAUUGGUCCAGUCAAGCAACCUGAUAUGGGUGCUGCACCUACUACUACAAUGCAGUUCUUCGUGGAAAACCCAAGUGAAGAAGAUGCUGCCAUAGUAGAUAAAGUUUUGUCCCUGAGGCACACCAAGAAAGAGAUAUCUCCAGGGCACUAUGUCACUAUUGAGGAGUUCUUUGUCAAAUACAAAAAUUACUCUUAUUUGCAUUGUGAAUGGGCAACUUUGGAACAGCUUGAGAGAGACAAACGAAUUGCUCAAAAAGUAAAGAGGUUCAAAACCAAAAUGGCACAGAUGAGGCACAUCUUCAAUGAGGAUGAAGAACCAUUUAAUCCAGACUACAUUGAAAUUGACAGAAUUUUGGAUGAAUCGCAUAGUGUUGACAAGGAUAAUGGAGAGCCCCUUAUAUACUAUCUAGUAAAGUGGUGUUCCCUCCCCUAUGAGGACUCUACGUGGGAAUUGAAAGAGGACGUGGAUGACUCAAAGAUACUUGAAUUUCAUAGGAUUCAGAGCCGAAAGCCAAAUCUAAAAAGAGUGCCACGGCCACUUGCUAGUUCAUGGAAGAAACUGGAAUUGUCCCGUGAAUACAAGAAUGGAAAUUGCCUUCGAGAAUACCAGCUGGAAGGAGUCAACUGGUUGCUGUUCAAUUGGUACAACAGGCAGAACUGUAUCCUGGCUGAUGAAAUGGGUUUAGGAAAGACAAUCCAGUCCAUCACACUGUUACAAGAGAUAUACAGCGCUGGUUUGCAUGGACCAUUUCUGGUGAUCGCACCACUCUCUACGAUUGUAAAUUGGGAGCGUGAAUUUGCUACGUGGACUGAUAUGAACACUAUUGUUUACCAUGGCAGCCUGGCAUCUCGGCAGAUGAUUCAGCAGUAUGAAAUGUACUGCAAAGAUGAUGAUGGCCACUUAAUACCAGGAGCGUACAAGUUUGAUGCCCUGAUUACCACUUUUGAGAUGGUAUUGUCUGAUUGUCCUGAGCUAAGAGAGAUUGAGUGGAGGUGUGUUAUCAUUGAUGAAGCUCACAGGCUGAAGAACAGAAAUUGCAAACUACUUGACAGUCUUCGACAUAUGGACUUGGAACAUAAAAUUCUCCUGACUGGAACCCCUCUGCAGAAUACAGUUGAAGAACUUUUCAGUUUGCUGCACUUCCUUGAGCCUUCACAGUUCCCAUCAGAGUCUGAGUUUCUGAAAGAUUUUGGGGAUCUGAAGACAGAGGAACAGGUUCAAAAAUUGCAGGCCAUCUUGAAGCCAAUGAUGCUCAGACGUUUGAAAGAAGAUGUAGAGAAGAACCUUGCUCCAAAACAAGAAACAAUUAUAGAAGUUGAACUCACUAUCAUUCAAAAGAAAUAUUAUCGAGCCAUUUUAGAGAAGAACUUCACCUUUUUAACAAAAGGGGCAGGUCAGACAAACAAUGUUCCUAACCUUCUAAACACCAUGAUGGAGCUUCGCAAGUGCUGCAAUCAUCCCUAUCUCAUAAAUGGUGCAGAGGAAAAGAUUAUCUCAGAGCUGCGAGAGGUUUAUGAUCCAUUAGCACCAGAUUUCCACCUUAAUGCUAUGGUUCGCUCAGCGGGCAAGUUGGUUCUAAUUGAUAAACUGCUGCCAAAGUUGAAGGUUGGAGGACACAAGGUCCUAAUUUUUUCUCAGAUGGUGCGUUGCCUUGAUAUACUGGAGGACUACCUCAUUCAAAAAAGGUAUUUGUAUGAGCGCAUUGAUGGCCGUGUGCGUGGAAACCUGCGUCAAGCAGCAAUUGAUAGAUUCAGUAAGCCUGACUCAGACCGCUUUGUGUUUCUGCUGUGCACACGUGCAGGAGGCCUUGGAAUUAAUUUGACUGCUGCUGAUACUUGUAUUAUCUUUGAUUCAGACUGGAACCCACAAAAUGAUCUUCAGGCCCAGGCUCGAUGUCAUAGGAUUGGUCAGUCAAAGGAAGUUAAGGUUUAUCGUCUGAUCACGAGAAACUCUUAUGAGAGAGAAAUGUUUGAUAAAGCCAGCUUGAAGCUAGGCCUUGACAAAGCUGUGCUUCAGUCGAUGAGUGGCAAGGAGAACAGUGUCAAUGGGAUCCAACAAUUCUCCAAGAAAGAAAUUGAAGACCUGCUGAGAAAGGGAGCAUAUGCAGCCAUUAUGGAUGAGGAAGAUGAAGGAAACAAGUUCUGUGAGGAAGAUAUUGACCAGAUUUUGCAGCGCAGAACUACCACCAUAACCAUUGAAUCUGAGGGGAAAGGCUCCACAUUUGCGAAGGCUAGUUUCGUUGCUUCAGAGAACAGAUCAGACAUAUCAUUGGAUGAUCCAAACUUCUGGCAGAAGUGGGCCAAGAAAGCUGAUAUUGAUUUUGAUUCAGUCAACAGAAAAAACACCCUUGUUAUUGAUACACCACGUAUUAGGAAGCAGACUCGCCAGUUUAGUUCUUUGAAGGAUGAAGAUAUUGUGGAGUUUUCAGAUUUUGAUAGUGAAGAGGAUGAAAAGCCCAGGUCCCGUCGUCAUGACCGCCACCAUGGUUAUGGCAGGACUGACUGUUUCCGAGUUGAGAAGCACCUCCUUGUGUAUGGCUGGGGCCGUUGGAAAGAUAUCUUAACACAUGGACGUUUUAAGCGCAGAAUGACAGAACGAGAUAUGGAAACUAUUUGCCGUGCUAUUCUGGUCUACUGCCUUCUGCAUUAUAAGGGUGAUGAAAAUAUUAAAGGUUUCAUCUGGGAUUUAAUUUCUCCUGCUGAGAAUGGUCGUACCAAAGAGCUCCAAAACCAUUCAGGUCUUUCCAUUCCAGUACCACGUGGACGUAAAGGCAAAAAGGUGAAGGCACAGAGCACAUUUGACAUGCACAAGGCUGACUGGAUUCGCAAGUAUAACCCAGACUCUCUGUUUGUGGAUGACAGCUACAAGAAACAUUUGAAACACCAAUGUAACAAGGUUUUGUUACGUGUUCGAAUGCUGUACUAUCUGAAACAGGAAGUAAUAGGGGACCAAGCAGAGAAGGUAUUGAGUGGUGUCUAUGCCAGUGAGAUUGAUAUUGGCUUUCCGGAGGUGGAUCAACUAGAGUUGCCAGCUAGAUGGUGGGACAGUGAGGCUGACAAGUCACUUCUUAUUGGAGUCUUCAAACAUGGAUAUGAAAAAUAUAAUACCAUGCGUGCUGACCCAGCACUUUGCUUCCUUGAAAGGGUUGGACGUCCAGAUGAGAAAGCCAUCGUAGCAGAGCAGAGGGCAGGAGACAAUUUUGCCGACUUGGGAGAAGGGACUGACUUUGACAAAUACACAGAAGAUCCAGAGUAUAAGCCAUUACAGGGCAUUACUAAGGAGCAAGAUGAUGAGAGUGAAUCACCUCUUCCUGAUGAAGAGAUCUCAGUUGUAGAUGGAGAAGAAGGACAGAUAUCUCAGCCUGGACUGGUACACUGGCCAACUGGUUCUUCUUUGACAGCCCGUCUACGGCGUUUGAUCACUGCAUAUCAAAGAAGCUAUAGGAAAGAGCAGCUUAAGAUUGAAGCAGCAGAGAAAGGAGACAGAAGACGACGAAGAUGUGAAGCCUCAUAUAAGCUGAAAGAGAUUGCACGUCGAGAGAAACAACAAAAAUGGACGAGACGUGAAGAAUCAGAGUUCUAUCGUGUGGUCUCCACAUUUGGGGUUGAAAUAGAUCCAGAGUCUGGCUUGUUUGAUUGGAGGCGUUUUAGGACCUUUGCUCGCCUAGACAAGAAGACUGAUGAAAGUCUGGUUCGCUAUUAUCAUGCAUUCCUUGUCAUGUGUCGGAGGGUUUGCCAUUUGCCACAGCCUGUAGCAGAAGUGCCACCAGAUAUCUCUUUGUCUGUUGCCCCAAUCACUGAAGAACGUGCUUCCCGCACCCUAUACCGAAUUGACCUCUUGCGUAAAAUCCGUGAACAAGUUUUGCGGCACCCUCUCCUUGAUGAACGACUGAACUCUGUUGUACAGCCAAGCCCUGAACUACCAGACUGGUGGCGUUGCCCUCAGCAUGAUAGAGAACUUUUAAUAGGUGCAGCCCGAUAUGGUGUAAGCCGAACUGACCAGACUAUUCUUCCAGAUCCAGUGUUUACAUUUCACCAGGCCAGAUUGGCUUACCUCCACCAGAACAGAGCUUCACAAUCCAGAAGCUCCACUCCUCUGCUUCUGCAACAGCAAAAUGCAUGCUCCUCCAACUCUGCCUCACCUCUGCCAGACAUAUCAAGAGGAUGGAGCCUGGAAGCUGAACAAGAGGGAUUAAGCACACCUGACUCUCAACGGGAGAGGGCAAGGCCUCCUAGACCUGCUGAGCAGCCACUCUUUCCAUUAAUUGGCGGCAUAUCAGGCAGUUAUUCUGGAAUUUCAGGGAACAAUCUUCCGCCACGCUCUUUGUUUGACAAGGAAAAGGAAAGGUGGGAUUGCAAGCAGGGAGAAAAUGGUGACUCAGACUCUGACUCGGAUAAAGAAGACUGUUCUUCGUCUAGCACAUCUACUAACAAUUCGGGAUCAUCGGAUGACAGCGACACAGAAAAAGAAGAUAAGAUUGGCAAGGAACCAAAGUUGUUUGACCAGGAUGAGGAAAAUAGCCUCAUGUCUCUUGCCACCUCGCAGGAUGAAUUGAUGGGUGAUUUGUCAGUUGAGCGCACAGCUCUGAAAAUGCUACAGGAUAAACUCUGUGAAUGGCCUAAGGACCGAGUAUUAAUCAAUCGACUAGAUAUGUUGUGCACAGCAGUACUGAUUGGAAGCUGGGCAGACAUCCGCAGAUGCAAUCUAGGUGCUUCUGUCCUGCAACAUGACAGUGGGUCUCUGCUGCUUGCAGAUGACCACCCUAGUCCUCUGUGUGACAUAUCACCUUCAUCACCCCAAUGCAAUCGUCUUGUACGCAGGAACCACCAGGAUGACCCAGAAUUUACUGUUAGACUGAGACACGAUGAGGGUCUCAAACUGACCUUUCAAAAGCAGUGUUUAAUGCUGCCAAAUGGGACCAGGAACGAACGAGGAGUUAAGAAGAGACGUUGCCACAAUGUGGAAGGAGAUGAUACUCCCCAGGCAUCUCCAUUUUCAAACCCAGAGUCCCGUGUCCCUGUCAUUCAUUCACUGACACGGUCUGUCCUGGUUGGCCUUGAUGCUCCAAAGCGUUGUGAGCUCUCUGAUUGGUUAAAGGAACACCCAGAGUAUGAGGUCGAACCACAAGCCCUUGCUUUCUUGGCUGGUGCUCACAAGAAGAAACGACACAAACCUAAGAAGGUAGAAAAACUAGAUCCAGAUACACUUACAGGUCUAGAAAGAGUUCAGCUGGUUAAUCUACGCAGUGGGAGGAAGCUUGGAGGUGCUUUUGCCCCAUCUUUGAAAGGACUCAGGCAGUGCCUGGAAGAGAAUCCUGAUUAUGUUGUCUCUCCUAGCUGGGCAGAGCUGGUCCAAAAUUCUGGCUACCUCCCAGAGUCUAUGCAUCACAGAAUACUUUUUGAAGAAAUCAAAACAGACAACAGACGUCCUAAACAGCUACAGCAGUCUCACAGCAACCAUCGUAGCAUGGUUAAGUUGGAACCAACAUUUACCCCUGUGCUGCAGGAGCAGCCUCUGCUUUCCAGCAGUCACAAUACAGCAACCUACCUUGGAAGCUGUUAUACGGAACUGGACAGAAAUCAUCACCAGCAUCACAGCAUCCACUCAGAUGAUGCAUCCUCAGUCUUCCCUGGACAGUUGUCUCCUGGUUAUGAUGUCAAAAUGGAGACAGAGCUGGAAAGUGGGGGCAUGGAGUUUGACUACAGUGACAAUAGCCACUUGUCACUAGCUUAUUCAGAUAGGGACUUCUCAUACUUGGGUGAUCCCAUGAUGCCAAACAAUUCAGAUUCCAGUGAAGACGGUGAUUGAUGCUUUGUUUUGGGGUGGGGUGUAUUAUUUUUUCCCUUUUUUUUUUUUUUUAAUUGGGGACCGAUAAAUUUAGGGAAGAAGUUUUACAGUCUAAACAAUAAACUUUUUUCCUUCCAAAUUUUUCUUUCUGUCUUCUCUCUCUGACACACUGGCUUGCUCUGUGCAUUCCUUCGACUGUAAAACUUAAGGAAAAAAAAAAUGACAUUGACAGAGGUAAAUCUUUCCCAUCAACAUUCAAUGAAAUUUACGUAUCUUCUGGAAAAGAAGCUAACAAAGCAUAUUCCCCCUGGCAUUACUGUACUGUAUUUAUUUUGAGGCUUAGAAGAUGGGGAUUGUGGCUGGAGCAACAUGUGUUGAUCAUACUGUCUUGAAAAAGGGCAGGCUUCUCUUGAAACCUAUUUAAAUAAUGCAAUUACUAGGAUUCAGAAGACAGUGUGAGGUAACUAUGUUAAGCAACUUCUGUUGGGUUUUGAUCAUUGAAAGUACAUGGCCAAGAAAAGAUACUGUAAAUAAAAUAAUCUGCAUUAA